CUCGCCGUUCCCUUCUUGACGUUACUCUGCGGGACACCUCUUCGCCGUACUCCUUUGUCUAUUCUCUUGACCGUCUCACUCUGGGCUCAAGUAUGACUUCGUCACUGCCACCUCUGAAUCCCUUGCUGCAACAAUGCGGGAAGCGUACUCGGGACAUUUUCGCUGCUGGUUUGGACGAAAGUCUGCGGGAUGAGGAAAAGAGCGCGCGGAUCCGCUUGUCGGUAAAAAUGAACGACGAGUAUAAGGAAGCGAGGGAACUUCCUGGGUCGUUGCUUGCCCAGCAAGGGCCCGUGGGCCCCGCACGUCCGAAGGAGCAGCGGAAAGCGAUCACGGCCGGACCGAGCUCCGACGCCGGGCGUAUGAUCGCGCAAAUAGACAACACUCCCGUCGCCCAACCGUCUACCUUCUCUUCUUCCAGUAACCUCAGGACAGCACUCCAACUUCACAAAACCACACGAACUAUCAGGCCGACAUACCACGCCCCAUGGAAGCUUGUUCGUGUCAUCUCUGGACACUUGGGUUGGGUGCGUAGCGUCGCGGUGGAGCCAGGCAACCAGUGGUUUGCCACAGGAGCGGGUGACCGGGUGAUCAAGAUUUGGGAUUUGGCGUCGGGAGAGCUGAAGCUCUCAUUAACCGGUCACAUUUCCACCGUGCGGGGUCUAGCGGUCUCCUCCCGGCAUCCAUAUCUCUUCUCGUGCGGAGAGGACAAGAUGGUGAAAUGCUGGGACCUCGAGGCGAACAAGGUCAUUCGACACUACCACGGUCACCUGUCAGGAGUGUAUGCGCUCAGUCUGCAUCCCACCCUUGACGUUCUGGUCACUUCGGGGCGCGACGCCUCCGCUCGAGUCUGGGAUAUGCGGACGAAGGCGCAAAUCCACGUACUAGCGGGGCACACGGCGACGGUUGCGGACGUCAAGUGCCAGGAGUCGGAGCCUCAGGUCAUCACGGGUAGCAUGGACUCGACAGUCCGGUUAUGGGACCUGGCCGCGGGCAAGACCCUGACCACCCUGACGCACCACAAGAAGUCUGUGCGCGCACUCGCGAUACACCCGACGGAGUAUUCGUUCGCUUCCGCAUCUGCAGGCGGGAACAACAUCAAGAAGUGGAAGUGCCCGGAGGGCACCUUCGUCUUCAACUUCAGCGGGCAAAACGCGAUCAUUAACACGCUCUCAGUUAACUCGGAGGGCGUGUUCUUUUCUGGAGGUGACAACGGCUCGCUCUCGUUGUGGGAUUACGACACCGGCACGGCGUUCCAGACUAUGGACGACAUACCUCAGCCGGGCUCGCUCGAGGCGGAAGCGGGCGUGUUCUGCUCAACGUUCGACAUGACAGGCACGCGCUUGAUCACCGGAGGAGCGGACAAGACCAUCAAGGUAUAUGCGGAGCAAUCGCAGUAGCGCCUCAUUGCUUGUACUGUAUGCUAUGCUGUAUUGACU